GCAAGUGUCUCAGUGUAUGGAUAGGGUUUAAUGAGGGGACAGUCGCAAUUGGUGUUUUUCGUAAGCUCGCUGGGAGUGCGGCGAGCUUCGCCCCUCCGCCGGGCCAUUCAGCGGCGAGUAGUCGCGCGCCGGCCGCAGCGACGCACGCGCGCGCCCGUUCACGCACCGCCUGACAUGCCCGGCUCCUCUCGAACCCUCGCGACCACCUGUGCUCAGAGUGAUCCCUCACUAGUGAUUCCUCCAAUUGGUGCUUUUCAGUGAGUGACGCCGGGAAUGUACCAGAACUCCCGAUGGACCAGUUUACGAUGCCCCAAAUUGCAUUAAAUGGGUAAUUGCUGUGCCGCAAACAAUCUAACGAACCAUGAACAGUGAUGCGAAGGAACUGAACGUUUCUACCGUGACGUGACAAAAAGCUCGCCAAAAUGAAAAACAGUGAGGAGUGUUUAGACUGAGUGACUGUUCAAAAAGAUAAUAAACAUUGUGAUAUUUAUUGAUCUUAUUAUAUUAAGUUAUUGAAAAGACAUUGUAAAUUGUACAUAGAUGUAAAAAAGUGACAAGAGACAUUUUAUAUUGGGCCUGUGGGCGACUACUGGACUACAGCCCGCGGGACUACUAGAGGCGACGGCUGCCAUUGCAGGCAUGGGAAUCAAAGUCAUGAUGAAAGCUUUCAAUAAGCCAAAAGACAUCCCGUCGCAGGUGCCACCGCUCACGCCCGGCACCAACAAAAAGAUGGCCGAGGCGCUAAAGGCUACCUUCGCCUCCUGGGAGAAGGAGCAACUGCGCCUCGGCGUGCCCAAAGAUCCCAGACAAUGGAGCGAGGCAGCGGUGGCGGCCUGGCUACGCUGGGCGGCGCGCGAGUUCUCGCUAGAGGGCGUCGCGCUGCAGCAGUUUGCGCGCGCGCAGGGCAAGGACAUCUGCGCGAUGGGCCGCGAGGAGUUCGUGGCCCGCGCGCCCGCCUUCAUGGGAGAUAUCCUGUGGGAGCACCUGGAGAUACUGCAGAAAGACGUGGAGAAGGAGCGGUCCCUGCUCGCGAACGUGCCGCCCAACAUGUACGAGAGCAACGUGUGCCUGCCCGAGCUGCCGGACUACAUCCCGCCGCCCGCCCACCACUACAACAACAACAACAAUACUGGCGGGUACACAACAGGAGGUCCCCGCGAGACCCCCGGCUACGGCUACACGGAGGCGUCGGGCGCGCAAGGAGCCCCCGCGCCCACGGCCGCGUCUCCUUUAGAGGAGUACUACCAGCCGGAGUACCCCGCGCCCCCCGCCGCGCCCCCCGCGCCCUCCUACCUGGAGGACUACUACCACCACCCGCACGCGCACACGCAGCCGCUGCUGCCGCACGAGCCCAAGUACCAGCCGCAUGCGUACUCCAAGCCCUAUCCCAGAGGAGCGGGCGGCAGGUACGGCGGCGAGGGCUACGGCGAGAGCUACGCGCCCGAGUACGGCGGCGCGUGCGCCGAGUGGGCCGAGUGGCCGAGCGAGCAGCACGCGCUCAUUCCGCAGGACAAGCUCGCCUACCCCGCCUCGGGGCCCUGCUUCACCGGUUCAGGGCCCAUCCAACUAUGGCAGUUCCUGCUGGAGCUGCUCACCGACAAGAGCUGCCAGGGCUUCAUCUCGUGGACCGGCGACGGCUGGGAGUUCAAGCUCACCGACCCCGAUGAGGUGGCAAGGCGCUGGGGGAUCCGCAAGAACAAGCCCAAGAUGAACUACGAAAAGCUGUCGCGAGGCCUGCGCUACUAUUACGACAAGAACAUCAUCCACAAGACUGCCGGCAAGCGCUACGUCUACCGCUUCGUGUGUGACCUGCAGAGCUUGCUCGGUAUAUCACCGGAACAGCUGCAUGCGAUGUAUGAGCCCAAAAUGGAGAAGAAAGACGACGACUGAGAAGAAACGCGCCGCCACCCACCCUCACUCGACACACCAUACGAUGUACUUCGAACAGCUCUAUCAAUCUCUUCGCAUACAACACUUCGUAAAAACGUGUGACGAUUAGCUGUCUAACAACCAUGUGUAUAAGAAAAUAAAUACUUGCGAAUAAAACACAAGACAGCUUGCGUUGCUCGCUUUUAUGAAGAUUUUUCCGACUGAAAUGAAUUUACACAAAAAAUACCGUACAUCCUUGUAUGUACUUGUUGCCAGUUUUCGAUUUCACUUUUCAGCUACAUUAUGUAGACCAAAAAUAUUAUUAAAACUUCAUCAGAAACAUGGUACAUAAGACCAGAAUAUUUAAUAAGAUACACGAUAAUUUUAAAACACGUAUCGAUACGAUUUUGAACUCGUGAACUGAAUCUUCCUAUCAGUUAGUCGCGUUUGUAUUUAAUCUAAAAUAAUAACUACUACAACAGGUUCUUUAGCUUUGUUUGUAUGAAAACUUUCACCUAAUAAUGUCGGAUUUGAUCUCAUACACAACCACCAGUGGAUUUUAUAUUAUUAACUACUAACCCAUACUCAAGGUUCUAUUUCAUGAGGGGCUGCUCAGCGAGCGAUAAACACAAUUUCAUCAGUUUGUCAAAUGCCGCAGGUAUUGCUAACGAGUCCUUCGCUGUAUCGCUCGCGUGCACGCCGUUUCACAACACAAUUUUAUUACUAAGUACCUACCUACCAGAAUAACCAACGGUGCCUUAAAUUUGCUGUUAUUGUUCGUUUUUGCAGAAAGCAUUCAUUAUCAUUGUUUUAAUGUGGUAAGCGCCAGUAUUAUGAGGCACUACAUCUAUUUAAUGAUAUUACUUGUAACGAAUCGUAGUCAAGUGCCACAAAGGUACUGCAUCUUUGGUAUCUACCCCUGAAAUUAAAAGUCAAUUUUGUCGAAACUGAAAACUUUAGUGCUAAAAUAGAAAAUUUCGGCUAUAAUUUUAACGAUAACUGUAAAUAUAAGUUAAUUUUGUUACUUUAUAAAAAUAAUUAGGUAUUAUAUUAUAAUAGGUAAUAAGUGUUGUAUGUUUGAUUCGCAAAUUGUUGCAAUAUGCGGUUAAAUUAAUGCAUAGUUAAAAUGACAGAAAUAGAACGAUUUUUAAAUAUUUAAUACCCAAAAGUCCAAAGAUUUUUUAAUCUCAAAUUCCCACCAAUUGGUAAACAUAUCGUUAAAUUACCAAAGGGGACUUCUCAUCUGUCUUUUAUUCCAAAAUUUCAUUUUCCUCAUUUAAGUUUAUUGAACAUCGACACCAUCGCCAGUGCAAACAGUUUCACUGAGAAUAUCCAAACUGCAAACGAAAAUGUUAACAACACCGGGUGACGUCACUUGUCGCUGAUCUCGUGGUAAGGGAUUGUAUGUCUUACUAGUUAUGAAAUUAAUUAGUUGUAUUAUUUUCAAUUUUUGUAGAUCCUAGCAUACACCGAAGAUAUUUCGAUAAGUUUUAUUUUGUAAAGGUAUUUCUCCUCCAUCAAUAUCAUACUUUUUUGUCAUGUGCAAUUCGGUCGGUGGUUUAUUUUUAAUUUUUUCGUAAGGUGCUGUUUUCUUAAUUUUGAGAAGUCGAAAUUUUGUUACAAAAAAGAACAAUGUCUUCCCCGUCUUAUCAAUUGUAGGUCUAAUGUAUACUCCAUAAAUGCGUAAGUUUGUAAGUAUGGUUGAUUCGCAGUUACAAUACCUAUCUUCGAGCCCUAUUGUUGUUGAUACCUACCGCGAUGAACGUUCAAUGCCAUUUUAAAGUGAGACCUAUAGUAGUUACGGCCAAAUUUUUGAAUGUAUAAGUGUCGUUGUAUGUAUUGAUGGAAGAUAUAAAUUUAAAUAUAUAUAUUUACGAAAUGA